CAGUCCCAGGGCUCCCAGGGCUGCUGCUGCUGCUCCUGCAUUCAAACGCAUGCGCUGCUGUUUUUGAUGAAAUGUGACACUGCUUCCUGAUUCUCUGGUUUCAGAGGAGAAAAGGGAGACCGGAGAAGCGAUUCAGCCAGGAAUCGGGAGCAAACAAAGCAGCAGGAAUCGAGUCAAACAGUUCACUCCUUCAGUGCGAAAACAGGGACUUCGCCCUCCUCUGUCCUGAUCGUAAAAAGCCUCAAAGAAUGUGAAGCUGGGAAAAAAAAAGUCUUGAAUCUUAUUUCCUUGUAAAUUCUCUGCAUAAACAUGGAGAGAAACGAGGAGCAGAGCCACACUGAAGAGAGCAGCCAACUCGAGAGCAGAUCAAAGGCCAACCAGGAUUCCUCGCGUGUCAUUACUAUUGUCUUUUUGGCACUUCUCAUUGACCUGCUUGGAUUUACUCUUAUUCUGCCACUCUUUCCCUCCAUGCUGGAUUACUAUGGCAAGACUGACCGUGGAGGCCUUUACCAGUCUAUGCAGCACUCCGUGGACUGGUUUGCUGACGUGAUUGGGGUUCCGUCUGAAAGAAAGUAUAACAGUGUCCUUUUUGGCGGGCUGAUCGGAACCAUUUUCUCCUUGUUGCAGUUCCUCUUGUCCCCGGUGACUGGUGCUGCUUCGGAUUAUUUUGGCCGGAGACUGUUAAUGAUGCUGACUACAGCUGGAUUGAUUGCUUCUUAUGCACUGUGGGCUAUUUCCAGGAACUUUGGCCUUUUCCUUCUCUCUCGAGUUGUCGGGGGAAUGAGCAAAGGGAACGUCAGCCUGUCCACAGCCAUCAUUGCAGACCUGCCAUCACCACAGGCUCGUAGUAAAGGAAUGGCAAUGAUUGGCGUUGCUUUCUCUCUCGGCUUCACCAUUGGGCCCAUGAUGGGGGCCUACUUUGCUUCAAACGCUGGGAAAGAUGAGGCAUUCUUCCUGCAGCCGGCACAGUUGGCAUUGAUGUUUGCAGUGUCCGACUUGCUCUUCAUCUUCUUCUUCCUCCCUGAGACACUCCCCAAACACAAACGGGUCUCCUCAGUCUUGUCCAGAUUUCAGGAAGCCAUAGACCUCCUAAGUCCAGUAGCACUCUUUCAAUUCUCCGCUGUCCAACGACGACAGAAAGACUCUCGCUCUUUAGAAGGUGUAAAGAACCUUAAAGUUCUGGGACUGGUGUAUUUCCUUUACCUGUUUCUCUUCUCUGGCCUGGAGUACACACUCGGCUUUCUCACUCAUCAGCGAUUUCAUUUUAACAGCAUGCAGCAGGGCAAAAUGUUUUUCUUUGUUGGGAUCACAAUGGCAAUGAUUCAAGGAGGAUAUGCUCGAAGAAUCAAACCCGGAGAUGAAAUUAAGGUUGUGAAGAGGGCAUUUUUCCUGCUAAUUCCAGCUUUUAUUCUGAUUGGUUGGGCCAAAAGAGUGAUCGUCCUCUACAUCGGACUAUUCCUCUAUUCCUUUGCUGCUGCUGUAGUUGUCCCGUGCCUGUCCACACUCGUGUCAGCGUUCGGUGGAGCCGAUCAGAAAGGAACCACAAUGGGAAUUCUUCGCAGUUUGGGAGCUCUGGCACGAGCUCUAGGACCAAUUGUCGCAGCGACUGUUUAUUGGCUCGCAGGAGCGGAAGUCUGCUUCACUGCAACCAGCGCCUUCUUUCUCAUUCCAAUCGGCCUCCUUACAGUUCCAAUUGCAAAGAAAAUGGAGUAACCAAGUUAGAAGCGAAAAGUCCAGGACCAAACUAAGUGAACCAACAGUGGGAAACCACUGUUAUCAACCUUAUUGUCAAUAUGGAAUAAACCAGAAACAUAUUGCUCCUUAUGCUGUUUGUUAUGAAAUGGGUAAUUUACUUAUAUACUUUAUUUUGUUGUUAUUGUUAUUGUUACUCCAAAAACAAGCAACACAAUGCAUUCACUCCUGGACUGGAGUAACUGAGCAGAGAAAGCUGAGUCAACUCCCCAACUGUAGCCACUGCAUUCUGCUUGUCAACUAUAUGAAGUAAAUGAAUAUCAGGAAAAACACACAUUUUAAAUAGCAAUAUGUUUGUUUGUUGGUGUGGUAUUCGGAUGGUGGGAAGAGAAAUUAAUGGUUUAAAAUGUAUGCAAAGGAUUAUUUUACAGCUUCACUAUGUUUUUCCUUCUCUCACCCCUGGUCUGUUUUGUAAGAGUCUCAGCUCUGCCAUGUAUCUCUGGCCUGACUGGGAGUGCAGGGAUGCAAACUAUUUUCAGGCUCUUCCUAUGUCACUCAAACCAAUAAAAUGUGUGAGGUUGGUAUAGGUUGCAUCUCUCUCUCUGUGUCUCUGAUUUAUUAACUAAUUCUCUCGUCUGUUGAGGUUAAGGUGUUGCUUCAUUUUUGUUUAGCCUUGACCACCACCUUCCUGCUGCCGUCUCUCCAUGCACCAGCCGUGCCUUUGAGUAUUUAGUCACUAGAAUUGUAAUUUUCAUUAUUUUUUGUUACCUGAAACCUUAUUCUGACCACCCAAGAAAGUAUUUUAUAUUAUAAUCUGCUCCACAUUCUUUCAGCUGUCCUUAGUGGACUUGGUAAAUCUGUCUUUCUAAUGGUGUACUGUACAUUUUAAUCAAUAUAGGAUAUGUUGUCUCUGUAAAUUCUUGGGAGAAUCCCACUAUAAGCACACAUCAGCAGUCAUCAGACAUACCAGCACAAGGAAUUUCUUACUUUAUAUUUUGAGUCUGCAGCCAAACCCAAAUGUGUGAAGAAAACUUUACUCCUGAUGCUGUCAAUAUGGAAUACACCAGAAGCAUAUUGCUCUUUAUGGCUGUUUGUUAUGAAAUGGGUGAUUUACUUAGAUACCAAAUAACAGACUAGGUUAAAGGUUAUAAAGGUUAGAGCAAUUGAACAAUCAGUCACCUUUGUCUCCUUCUUUCAAACUGAACAUUUUGCAGGUACUGUAAUUGAAUGUGGAUAUCAUCUUUUGUGCAGCUAUUCUAUAUACUGUAUUUUGGCACCACAGAUGCAUUGUUUUAUAUACAUUUUCAAAUAAAGAUUUACCAUUUUUUCUA